CGAACUCUCUCAGUCAGAAACAACAAACAGAGAACCAUGAUGCCUAAGCGCCUCCUUAACCAUCCUCGCUCCACGUUCUCCGUUUCUGUUUCUCCCUUCCAUGCUUCUUCUUCUUCUUCUUCUUCUUCAAUCCCCAACGUUUCUGACAAGCCCAAUCGUCCUCCCUCUCUCUCCGAAGCAGUUUCCCUCUUUCACCGUGCAGUUGAUGAUCCUUCUUCAGUGCCAUCCGCAUCGUCCUGCAACUCCCUCAUUGACAGCCUGCGAAAGGCGAGACACCAUGACCUGCUCUUGUCGGUUUAUUCCAAGAUGGUACGCGCUUCUGUUUUGCCCAGUUUUACUUCCCUCAGUGCUUUAAUUGAGAGUUUUGUCAACACCCACAAGCCAAACUCGGCUUAUGGGGUUCUGGGGUUGAUGUUAAAGCGUGGUUUUGAUGUUAAUGUGUAUAAUUCCAACCUUGUGUUGAAGGGUUUUUGUCAAACUCGUGAUAAUUGUGAUAAGGCCAUGGUUUUGUUUUGUCAAAUGAAGAGGAAUUGUGUUUUGCCUGAUACCUUUAGUUACAAUACCAUUAUAAAUGGACUUUGUAAAGCUAAGAGAUUGGUAGAAGCUAGGGGUUUGUUUGAGGACAUGAAGGCCGGGGAAUGCCCGCCGAAUUUGGUGACAUUUAGUACUUUGAUUGAUGGUCUUUGUAAGAGUGGAGCGGUUGGCGAGGGUCUGGAUUUGUUGGAGGAGAUGAGGAUGAAGGGUUUGGAUGCAGAUGUGUUUCUGUAUAGUUCUCUCAUUAGUGCCUUUUGCAGCAUAGGUGACACUGAGAGGGGAAAACAACUCUUUAAUGAGAUGUUGGAAAAGAAUGUUACUCCUAACGUGGUUACUUAUAACUGUUUCAUGAAAGCUCUUUGCAAGGAUGGGAAGUGGGAAGAAGCCUCCAAAAUGUUGAAUGAUAUGACGACUCGGGGAGUUCAUCCUGAUGUUGUUGCUUAUACAACUUUAGCUGAUGGGCUGGGCAAAAAUGGGAGGGCAUCAGAUGCAAUGAAAGUAUUGGAUUUGAUGCUGCAAAAGGGGGAAGAGCCGAAUACUGUAACAUACAAUGUCAUCAUAAAUGGACUUUGUAAGGACGGUCGGGUUGAUGAUGCACUUGGGAUUUUAAAAAUGAUGGCGAAGAAGGGGAAGAAACCGGAUGCCAUUACCUACAACACGUUAUUGAAAGGACUUUGUGGAGUUGGCCAAAUUGAUGAGGCAAUGGACCUUUUCACACUGUUAUUGAGCAAGGAGUUCCAUAUCAAGCCUGAUGUCUUCACAUUUAAUUUUCUUAUUCAGGGGCUUUGCAAGGAACGGCGUCUUCGUGAUGCCGUAAAAGUCCAUUCUACAAUGGUUCAAAUGGGGUUUCCUGGUAACAUAGUGACUUACAAUAUUUUGGUUGAGGGUUAUCUAAAUGUUGGAAAACUUACUAAGGCAUUGGAACUAUGGAAAUGUGCAGUAGACUUAGGAUUUUCCCCCGACUCAAUGACCUAUAGUGUCAUGAUCAAUGGUCUUUGCAAAAUGCAGAUGCUAAGUAUUGCAAAAGGACUUUUCAAUAAAAGUAGAGCUUGUGGGGUUAGACCUGGAGUAAAUGAUUACAAUGCACUGAUGACAUCCCUGUGCAGGGAAGGUAGUUUAGAGCAGGCUAGGAAUUUAUUUCGAGAAAUGAGAAAUAUGAAUCAUGAUCCUGAUGUUGCCUCCUUUAAUAUAAUAAUUGAUGGAACCCUCAAAGCAGGAGAUCUUAAAUCUGCCAAGGAAUUGCUAUUGGAGAUGGUUCAAUUCGAUUUGGUCCCUGAUGUUAUUACCUUUUCUACGUUAAUAAACAGAUAUUCAAAACUUGGGCUGUUAGAUGAGGCCAUGUCGCUCUAUGAGAGAAUGGUCUCUUGUGGUCAUGUACCAGAUGCGGUUGUAUUUGAUUCUUUGCUGAAGUGUUAUACUUUAAAGGGAGAGACUGAAAAAAUCAUUUCCUUGCUUCAACAAAUGGCUGAUAAGGAUGUUAUCCUUGACUCAAAAUUAACUUCUACCAUAUUGGAAUGCCUUUGCAACUUUCCAAAAGGUCUUGAUAUAAAGAAGAUUCUUCCAAAAUUUUCCCAACAGACAUCUAAAGGAGAAAGCAUUAAAUGCAACGAGCUCCUAAUGAAACUGAAUAAGGUUCAUCCAGAGCUUCAAUUAUUUUCUGCAUGAAAGUUCUUGUUUUCAAGAACAUUACAUCAUGGAAUGCUUAAAUGGUUUGGCUUCACUUCAGGUUGCUGUAUCUCUUAUGCUAGGACACACUUGUUCAGUCGCUGGUUUUGAUCAGGUAAGACUUCCUGUCUAUUUUAUGCCUGCUUAGAUCUGGGUUAAUAUACCAUUGCUGGGUUUACUCUUGUAUGUAUAGAAUAUAUUAUUGGCUUAAUUGCACUUUUAGGGUCACAAGCUCUGUCAUUGACACAUGUGAAGUGAUAUACUAUUUGUGCUGGAGAGAAUGUUUUAUGCUCAGAUUUGAGGUCUCAAUUUGAUGCUUUGGCUAAUAUUUUAUUGCUGUUCAAAGGUUUGGAAAAGGAGUGGCAACUGAAUAAUAUAUUGCUGUCAAUGUGACUUACUGAGGAUAAAACGAGUUUUCUCGCUUUUGCUAAAGAAUCAGUGUGUGGUUUGUUUAGCUUCUCCAUUUUCCUUAUAGGCAUUGUAUGGAAUUAUUUCAGGCUCUUUUACCUUAUGAUUUUUAUUUGCAAACUUCACAUCCCAUUAAUAUCAUGGUUUCCACUUAACUAUGGCUCAACCUUGAUCAAUUCUCCAGAGAUUUCAUGAAUAUUAGGCUACCACAGCAAGGUCACAAGGUGCGAAACGCGUCCUGGACUCUUCCUAAUGCAGGAAUAUGGAAGGUGAAUGUUGAUGGUGCAGCAAGGGGAAGUCCAGGCAUUUGCGGGAUUGGAGGAAUUCUAAGAAAUGCUAAAAAUGAAAUUAGAGGGUUUUUCUCCAAGAACACGGGUGUGGGUUUUGCUUUUGAAGCAGAAGUUACGGCUAUUUUUGAGGCUCUGUCAUUGUGUCAUCAACAUUGCAUUCAUAUUAUCAUCAUUGAGUGUGAUUCUUCCUUAGCUGUUGGAUGGGUAAAUCGCAGGAAAAAUAGGCCAUGGAAGCUGUCUAAUUUGCUAAAUCAGAUUGAUUUUAUCAUUCCUUUGGUUAAUUGCAUGGAGGUGAGGCAUAGAUUUCGUGAGGCUAACACAGAAGCAGAUGCAUUAGCAAAGCGUGGAUCUAAUAAUACAAGGCCUCUUUACUACCUCAACAACGCCUCUUUACUACCUCAAUAACUCUGUUUGUGCUUAAAUUUACUGAUAUUGUUACGUCUUUGCUAUCUACUGGUGUAUUGCUAUUGGUUCUGGAAGGGAUAGUAAAGGCUGUGUUAUUAUGAGAUGGGAAGAUGAAUGGGACAGUAUAUUGGUUUCAGUUUGGAUGAGUGUAGCGGCAUACUGUGCAACCCGAACGUGUUGAACGGCAGGAUACAUAGAACAGCCCAUGUAAUUUCUUUGUUCAGAUACAUGUUUGAUAUCUUUUUUAGCUUUGUUAUUUGGUUCCCCAGUGCAAUUGCUUCAUGUUUAUUUGGUGAUUGGCUCUUGUUUGAGUACUCUUUUUCCUCCCUUGGUUUUUUCCACUGGGUUUUUCCUUGGAAGGUUUUAAUGAGGCUCUUUCAAGAGUCGCCAUAGGCACCAAUACAGCAAUGGGGACUUGAGGCCUUUGGCUUGAAGUAGUUGGGGUUGAGGCUUUUCCUUGUUUUGUAUAUUUUGUUUUUCAUAUCUACAUGAGAGGAUUGUUCUCAUGAAUAUCUUCAUUAAUAAAGUUUCUAUUUGUUCGCAAAAAAAAAAAC